AUGUUUUUUCAUACAAAGAAGAAGGAUUCUGUUGAUAUUAAGGGCCUCAGAACUUGCGUCUAUUACUCCAAUUGGUCUGUCUAUGAAAGAAAGCAUUUUGCAAUUGAUGUCCCAGCUGACUUAAUUACGAAUCUAUUUUACGCCUUUUUAGCUAUAAAUCAGGAUACUGGUGCUUUAAAACUUAGCGACGAAUGGUGUGAUGCUCAAUUGCCUUUGAAAUCUCCUAGAAAUUCAGAUAAGAAAAUAACUGGUAGUCUCAAACAAAUAUUUGAGUUAAAACAGUUAAAUAGGCAUAUGAAAGUAUCCGCAUCUAUAGGUGGUUGGGGUUCUGCAGAAGCUUUUAAAAACGUUACGACGAGCUCACAUAAAAGACUGAAGUUUAUUCAGAGUCUGAUCUGGCAUCUCAAGGAAUACGGUUUUGAUGGUCUAGAUAUAGAUUGGGAAUACCCAAACAACUCUCAGGAGAAUGAGCUAUUGGUCAAGCUUCUUCACGAAUUGAGAUCUGAAAUGGAUAAGAUAUCUACUGACCUCUUACUCACCAUUGCUUCUCCUGCUGGAAAGGAACAGCUUAACAUUUUGGACUUAAAAGAGUUGGAUAGGUAUUUAUCAUUCUGGAAUGUGAUGUGUUACGAUUUUAAUGGAGAAUCUUGGUCAGAUAAGACCGCUUAUCAUUCAAAUUUAUUUGGAUUUAAUGGAGACAACAAUCUUAAUUGCUCUGACACUAUAAACCACUAUAUCAAAAAAGGUAUUAAACCUGAGAAAUUAAUAUUGGGAAUGCCUUUAUAUGGACGAGUCUUUCAUGGAGUGAACGCUCCAAGAAUUGGACAAAGCUUUAAUGUAAAUUCACAUCCGAAAAACAGAAUUAAAGGAGAUACAAUUGAUUACAAGUUAAUACCUCCUAAAGGUUUUCGAGAGUCCUUUGAUAGUCAUAAAGUUAGCGCUUUCUGCUACGAUGACUCGACGAAACAAUUUAUUUGUUACGACAAUGAGAAGUCCGCCAGAAUCAAGGCCCAAUUUGUAAUUCUGAAGGACUUAGGAGGCGGAAUGUGGUGGGAUUCUUGUGGAGAUUCGAAAGAGUUAUCUAAAUCAUUGAUAAAUCUGUUCGUUUAUCAGAUUGGCGGUCUUGACGUCUUGGACAAAACAAAUAACCAUUUAAAUCUUUAUAAGGGCAGUACCUUUUUAAAAGAUUACUUCCAUGACAAGAGCCUAUUGCAGGAUUAG